AUGACUUCCCCACCCAUUCAGAGAAUACCUUACUCAGCUCCGCGCGAUUCAUUCAUCAACGCCUUAAAGAAAGAUGGCUGCGUCAUCGUCCAGGAUUUCACGACGUUGGAGGCCCUAGAACAGGCGCGACAAGAGGUCGAGCCAUGGUUAUCCCAGGAGAACAACGGGAGCGAAGUCGGUGCUCUGAAUGGAGGAACGAGAACCUGCACCCGCCUAGUCGGACGCAGUCAAACUGUUCGCGAGAAAUUCUUCUCCGAUCCUCUUUACCAAAACAUGGCCGAGGAAUUCCUCGCAAUCGAAACAACAAACUGGUACAACGAAGAGCCCUCCACAAACACCACCCACCCUCUCCUCUCCAUCUCAAUCACAAUGGACAUUCGUCCCGGCGCGAAAGCCCAGAAACUUCACCGGGACGAUAAGAACCAUCACGCUCGCCACGCACCCGUCAAGGCUUAUCAUCGCAACCGAGAUAUGCUACUCGGUCUUUUCGUGCCAGGUUGCGACUCUACGCGGGCGAUCGGCGCCACGCGUGUCGUUCCGAGUAGUCAUCUCUGGGGCGACGAGAGGCCUGAUUUCGGUCCGGAUCUCGACAAGGGGGUCGUUGAUGCGGAGCUGAAAGCCGGCGAGGCGUUUCUCAUGCUAGGGAGUCUGUAUCAUGGUGGUGGUGAGUUCUUUCAGGAGACGGGGAAUCGGAUGGUUCAUAUUAUGUUUAUGUGUAGUGGGAUUUAUCGGCAGGAGGAAAUUUCAUAUCUUUCGUACCCAAUUGAGGAUGUGAAAAAUUACUCUAAGCUGGUCCAGCAACGCCUUGGUUGGAAGCAGUCUGAGCCGAAUCUGGGGUGGGUGGAUCUGGUAUCGCCAGAGGCGUUGUUGGUCUAA